AUGGGCUCAGUCGUCCUCAACCACGUGCCGGAACAGAUCGACUGCAAGAUGUUAGGAGGCACGCGCAACUCCGAGUACACUCGCGCUUCCCAACUAGAGGGUGGCUCUAGAUCGACCUCCUCCAACUCGACCCCCACUUCCACUACCGCCCCGCCAACCGCCGUAGGGUCUGCUCGGCUUCCUGCGCAUCUGGAUGUCCCCGCCUACAUCAACUCCCAAACCCCUUCGCAGUCUUCCACUCGGACUCCCUCCGACCAUCCAUCCCAUCCCGCGCCUUCGAUGACCUCCCACUCAAAUCAUGGGGCUGCUCGCGAUCAUCCGUCCUAUCCCAAUACAGCCACUUCACAAUACUCCGGCCAUGCCGCAUCCGACUCGAUGACUUCCGCGCCCAACCCAUAUAGCCGCGCCUCUCCCGCUCCCGAGUCGCCGCGCUUGCAGCCGACAUUCCGAUCGAUGCAGUCACUAGGAGGAUCGGAAGCAAACUCGCCAAGCCGCAUUCGUGUUCAGAGCUUGUCUCACAUCCAGAGCCUAGCCAGCGAAGAAUUCCUGGCGAGGUCUCACGCCCCAGGCCAUGGCACGCAGCCACGCCACUUCGAGAUCAGCUCCAUGCCCGUCACUGAAAUCAUUGAGAUGGUCGCCGGGCUCCUCACCAAGAUCACCACGACCAACGACACCCACCACGAACACGUGCAUCGCCACAUCCCCCCUCCCGACGGUGCCUCUAACCUGAGUCCGCAGGCGACCAGUGUGCUUGCCUUCCAUGGCAAGAACGUCCCCAGUAUCACCAUCCUUAGUUAUCUCACCCGCAUCCACAAAUACUGCCCGACCACUUACGAGGUCUUUCUCAGCUUGCUAGUCUAUUUCGACCGCAUGACCGAGCUUGUCAGUCGUGGGAAACAAGAUCCCAUACAGCAACGAUAUGAACCGUCGCCACAACCCAAUUCAGAACAGUACCACUCAUCGGCAGGCCGACAGGCGCAGGAUUCGUCGAUAGUCACACCACCCUCCUCGGCGGGCAUGACCGCUUCAGACCCCAAGGGCCCGAACGCUUUUAAUAUCCACCGAUUGGUCAUCUCGGGCGUGACCUGCGCGAGUAAAUUUUUCUCCGAUGUCUUUUAUACCAAUUCUCGCUACGCAAAGGUUGGAGGUCUUCCCCUUGUGGAGCUUAAUCACCUGGAACUCCAGUUCCUCCUACUCAACGAUUUCCGACUCGCCAUUCCGGUCGAAGAGCUCGAGGCCUAUGGUACAAUGCUUGUAGAGUUCUACGCCCGGGAAGUCGUUGUACAGCAACAACAAAUGGCCUCUCCUCGAGCAAUUCCCCCGUCCAUGUCAGAUUCCCAAUCAGACGUCAUGUACAUGCGGUCUCGCGACAAGCGGCGGGACCACGAAAUGGGGCAAACGCCAACGCCGCCUUGA